GGAUGAUCGGUUAGUCGGAACACUCUCCACUGUAGGAUUUUUGAGAUGCACCUUUCCUCAUCAGUAUAAGGUUGCAACCUUCUGCAAACGUUUUCCAUUUAUGAAUACCCCACUUUAGUCAUCUUUUGAAAAUUUGGACUCAAGAGGAAAAAGUUUCAGUUCCUGAGCCGUCUUUGCUGACCUGCUCUCUUCCAGGCUUCCAGCGUUGAAAAACCGGACUGCACAUCAGCCCCAAAAAUGGAAACUUAUGAUCAUGGAUGCGGGUUCUUAGGCAUAUUUUAAAAAUAAAACUAGGUUCUUUAUCUGUUCCUUUUCGCCAUGUGGAUCCCACUGCAGGCACGUAAGGAGGCCUCUGUACGGUACAUAGUGCUGGAGUUGAGUCCUUUCUAUGUUCCGUAAGAUAGCUUAAAACCCUAAUUAUAUUUUUUCCCACAAUCUGUGAAAUCCGAAACCUAAGAGAGAAGGAAAAUUGAAAUCGUUAACAGAAGGUCUCUGAAUCAAGAAAUCCUAGUUUUUUGAGAAAUUCUUUGCGAACGAGGAUCCGUAGAGGACCACCCAUUGAUCAAGAUGACUCGCUAGUGAGCUUGUCAAGUCGGGUCCAGUUUUCAGGUCCGAGGAAGAUGGUUUUCGGCGAGCUUAUUAUAGUUUUGAUGGCUCUUGAAAAUAGAGCGCUCUUGAAAAAGAACCCUCAAAAAGGGAGGGAGGAGCUGGUGCUGGUGCUGGUGCUGGUGUUGGUGUUUGUGAUUUUUCAAGGAUUGAAGAAGGAUCAGCCCUUUACAGCUCGCAGGGUCACGCACUAGUGAGCAAGCCUGACUAGUACAGCGAUGCACGUUAUAGAUUUCAGAAUAUCAGCAUGACGGGCCCCCCGGCAGAGCUCCUAGCCGCCCCACAGGUGGCCCAUCAGCCACAGGAUGCCCAUCAGCCCUUUGCAACAGAUCCCCUCACCCACACCAAUGAUGAGGGGCUCACCUUCUGGCAGUUCAUGGUAGCAGGCUCAGUGGCUGGCAUGGUCGAACACAUGGCUAUGUUCCCUGUUGACACCAUUAAGACCCGCAUGCAGAUGCCCGGUUGCUCCCCAGCCUGCCCUGCCGCUGCCUCCACUCACCACGCUGUUGGUCAUGCCCUCGUCUCCAUCCUCCGCUCUGAGGGACCCCUUGGCCUCUAUCGUGGCAUCGGUGCCAUGGGGCUUGGCGCUGGCCCUGCCCAUGCUGUGUACUUCUCAGUGUAUGAGUUGAGCAAGGAGCGGCUUGGCGGAAACCGCCCUGGCCACCACCCCCUGGCCCAUGCGGCCUCUGGAGUGCUCGCUACCAUUGCCAGUGAUGCUGUCCUUACCCCCAUGGAUGUUGUGAAGCAGCGCCUCCAACUGCCGAACACCCCAUACUCUGGGGUCAGGGACUGUGUGGUUCGAAUGCUCAGGGAUGAGGGCUUGCGCGCAUUUUACACUUCCUAUCGAACAACUGUUGUCAUGAAUGCACCAUUCACAGCUGUACACUUUGCAACAUAUGAGGCAGUCAAAAAGGUGCUUGGGGGGAUAUCUCCAGAGAACGCCAGCGAGGAGAGGGUUCUUGUGCACAUCGCUGCUGGGGGUGCUGCAGGUGCGCUGGCGGGUGCUGUCACCACACCGCUCGACGUUGUGAAGACCCGCUUGCAGUGCCAGGGUAUGUGUGGUGCUGAUACUUUCAUUAGUGGCUCAAUUCUUAAUGCUAUUAAGCAGAUAGUGGCAAAAGAGGGGCCCCAAGCUUUACUGAGAGGGCUUAAGCCCAGAGUGCUUUUCCAUGCGCCAGCAGCUGCAAUCUGCUGGUCCGCAUAUGAAGCCUGCAAAAGCUUCCUUCGACAUCUUAAUGAGCACCAGACACCCUAAGAUAAAAGAGUCCCUUCCCAUUGCGCUUUAUUUUGAAACUUUUAAGGCUUAGCUGUUGAGAGCUGCUUUUCCCCCUUGAUUUUGUAAAAUGUGUAAUUUAUGGCAGCUGGAAGCAGGGACGCCACUCCACCAUUGUUACUUCUGGUUCAGAGAUAAUCUGCUGGCCAGUGUCCAAUAAUAUGCGAGGGGAAAUGAAGAAAUUAAGGAAGAGUUUGAUGUUUCAUAGGAGUUUAUUUUGAGGUUUGAGAAGAAAAAAAAAAGUUUGUCAUUCUCAAAUUAGACUGAGAAAGUGCAGGUGAUUUCAACUUACGGGAUAUACUAGGUUACAUACACAAAAUAUUUCGAUGGAACACGCCAAGUUUAGUUACUGUUGAUUCAGGAAAUGAGUGGUGGAGAUUAGCCGACUUGUCCAAAUCGGAGUACAUAUCCACUGCCCCAUUUCUGGAUGGUGGAUGCACUGCUUGAAUACCCGCUAAUGGGCUUGGGCCUGAUUGGUUAGCAGUUUCUGCAAAAAAAAUACCGCGUACACAGGAAUUGGGCUUGGGCUUGGGCUUGAUUGAUUAGCAGUUUCUGCAAAAAAUACCUCAGUUUCUGCAAAAUAAGUAGGCCACUUUGGUCUUUCAGAACAGUUUAUUCUGAUGUUAAUGGUAGUUUUGUAUGAGUAUUUUGCUAUUAUCUUUUUGACGGGUAGUUUUGUAGUUUUAUAAUCAUGAAGGUUGUGGCCGUAAAACCAGUAAGUUGGCGGAUGAUCUAAAGAUUUGAACCGGCCAUUAAGGUCAGCUCAUGUGCAUACAAGUGCCAUCCCCACAUCCAACACAUUGUCAUAAAUUUUCUUUCAAAAAAAAGGUAUAUGGUUGUAUUUUAUAUUUUUCAUUAGGAAUUUAUGAAGUUAAAAGUAGACGCUCUUUUUGUUUUUUUUUUCCUUUUUCUUGGGGGGCAUAAAUUCAGUUGUUAGUGAAAAGUAUGGGGUGUUAAUAGAUUCCAUUGUAUGGUACUCCUCAAUUAGAAGAACUCAAGCAUCAGAUCUUCGGAGGGGUAUUUUGGGAGUAAAAGAGAUAAGUGUCUCGGAAUGUUAGAUGGGUCUUGGGCAGUGGUGAGAACAUAUUUUUAUGGCAUCAUAAGUGGGUUGGAAAUAGGAUCUGAGAUUUCUCCUUCCCGCAGGUGUACUCAAGAAUGGUGUGUCAAACAGCCAAGGUAGCAUAAUGUUGCUAUACAGUGAAAAACUCUCAAAUUUGACAUUUGCGCUUUCUUUAGGGAAGGGUUUGGGAUAGAGUGGGGGAGAAAUUUGCGGCUUUACUGAACGAGCUGAAUAGAGUUUAUAUCGUAAGGGGGUUGGAAGACAAUGUGAUUUGGGAGAUUGAGAAUGAUAGUGUUUUUUCAGUAAGAUGAAUGAUGGUGUUUUUUCAGUAAGAUCUGCACAUAGAUGGUUGUAUGAUAACAUGAAGAUCGAGAAUGAUGGUGUUUUUUCGGUACGAUCCGUAUGUAGAUUGUUGUAUAAUGACAAGCAUAGAGAAUUGUUACAUCCUUUGAA